GCUCUUUCUGAAGAUUCAGUUAAGGGUAUGCGGCAACUAGCACCGAGCUCUAUGUCUAUCCAGCUAUUUCUUCUCGAUACAUGCAGUCUCGACGCGUACUUGAAGACCAGGCAAUUACUUUGGAUUCUUCACUGAGAGUUUAAGAUUCUGGACUGGGUAUAGUCUCAGCUUUUGUUCGCUCUUGCACCUAAUUUGUGUACGUUCGAUAAAAUUGACAACUUGGAACUCUUCAAAGCUGUUUACAGAUAUGUAAGACCAUAUUUUUGGUCGGACAGUUUGUUACUAACUCUUAUGUAGGGGUAUGCCUCUUUGAGUUUUCACAGCGAGAUAUUGAUUCAUGUCGCAAGUCAUCGUCACGACAGACAGUCUCCUGAUGCCACCAUGCCUGUCUCUCUCAGUGUUUGGCGUGCCAGGAUCGGCACGUACAUGCGCCGUAAGCAGAAAGUAUAUGACUACUUCUACUACCUGAGGAUGUAUGUUUAUGGUCUUAAAAUAAUUGAAAAGGCGAAGAAAGCAGCUGAAUACUCAAAAGAAAAUGAAAAAGGCAAUCGCCACAAAUCGUCUUUUAAUGGCUCUUCAACUGGUGAAAAUGGCAAAACUGGUAACGCAUCAUGUCGCCAACCUCCGCCUUCUAACGACGUAAACCUGAAACCCGCCCAAACUGAAUCUUCAGGUGACCGUGGCGUCAAUAGUGGCAAAGUUGAAGCAUGUUCUCAGUCAAGUUACGUCGUGGACAAUGGCUCUUCUUGUCAUACCAAAGGCCCAGAUCACAUCGCUCAGGAUAGAUCUAAGUGUGCCGCUGGUCGUACACUUGCAACACAUCCAACAAGUUCAACCAAGAAGAGAUCCACUCCUGUCGCUGAUCCUUCUAACACCAAGGUUCCAGAGCCUUGUGACAUUGAUGAGUUGGACAUGAGAUACAUCACCAUUCAUGGCGUAUCACAUGCUAGCCUAUGCGAUUCAACUCAAUUAAGUGAACCGGACCAACCUGGUGUCUCAUCGGAGGUAUACUCACAAGUAGCUAGACACAACACUGGCCAUCAAGACGUCUGCAAGCAGGACAAGGAGAAACCAAACCCGUUAACGUCAGAGAUAGAUGACCAAUCUGCACCUAUUUCUGAACUGGAUACGUCUAGCAAUACUGAAUUCACAUGGUGUACGAGGGUAUGUCUGAAACUAAAAAAGCGUGUCUCUCUCUAUCAAACAAUAUUUUCUUAAGUAAGAAUUGUAAGGAAUACAUCAUUAUCAGUAUAAUAAAAAAAAGUAAUUAACGAUUCCCUUAAAAAAAUGUAACCAUAUAUGAAGAGUUUAAUUGCAAAAGGGUCUAUCCAUUGUUCAUUAAAUUCGAUUUUCAUUUGUCUCAAUAUAUAUAUAUUUCUAGUAGAUCUAUAAGUUAAUUAAAUAAUCAAAGAAAAGUUGAAAUUCCCAUUAAAAAGGGAACGAAAAUGGCUAACAACAAUCCUUUUUUUCGAAUGGGGUUAGAUCCAUUUUAGUUUGUUUGCAAAAGGGGGUAGAUCCACAAAGGUAAUUUUUUGGGGAAAAUAAUUAAACAAAUAUGAAGACAUUCAUAUUUUUUUCAUACCAAAUUUAAAAUCACAUGGUCAGGUAUCAUGACAGAUUAGUUUCGCUUAAGAAUAUUGCCAAAAUAUGAGAGAAAAAUAUAAAUGAUGUAACCAUAUAAAUUAUGAAGAGCUAACUUGCAAAAGGGGUUAGAUCCGUUUUUCAUAAAAUUGUAUUUUUUGUUUCAGUGCAUAGAUUUUCAGUCCCUGUGAUGAUACCAAAGAAAGGUUGAUAUUCCCAUUUAUUAAAACAUGAAUAGAAAUGGCAAAAAAAAAAGAAAUCAAAAGGGGUUGGAUCCAUUUCAGUUUGUUUGCAAAUGGGGCUAGAUCCACUAUGGUUUUUUUUAAAAAACAUAUAUAAAAAAAAAUAUGAAGACCGUAAGAAAUCUUUUCAACCCGAUUUUAUAUUAAUAUGGUAGGGUAGUAUAUCAUGACAAUAUAGUUUCGCAAAAGAAUAUUGCAAUAUUGUCUAUUAAAAGCGGGUCUAACUCUUUUGGCAAGCAAACUCUCCAUACAUUUAAAUAACAAGUUUACCUAGAAGUUAUUUAACGCAGCGCUUCUCAAUUUUUUUUUACUCGAGGACCACUUUGAUUCUCAUAUUGUUUUCGAGCCCCACCUACC